AUUAUAUAAAAUUGAUUUUGGUUGAAUGUGGGUUGCACAUAAAGUUUGGAUACCUUCACGAAAUGAAGUGAUUUUUAUAAAUUCAUGUUUGAAUAAUUUUUUUUGUGUGUUUAUAUAUAUGUCCUUAAUUAUGUCGUCCACUUUUAAUAAUUUUGAGAAUUGAGUCUAUGGUAUUGUAGAGGCUAGAAAUAUUACCUUUUAGGUAGAAUUGAUUUUGGAUAUGAAAUCAAUUUUGAGGCUGGAAGCUAAAUGUAACAAAUUUGUAGUCAAAUCACAUUAAUCCAAAUGUGAUUUUGGGAGGUCUAGACGUUGAACAAAACAUAGGCUUAGUCUACGACCCACCUGGUUUUUUUUUUCAAUGGAAAAAGAACACUUAUUAGUGAAGAGUGCUACAACGAGGGAUGAUAAGUUGUUGUCCAAAACAGAGAAAUGAAUUAGUUAGGAAUGUAGAGAAAGGUUGUCUAGUCUAUCUGCAUGUCAGAAGUAGAAAAUCCCAUGAAACUGCCACAGACCCAAAUAUGGGAGCCAUAGUAUUGUAGAGCUUUGAUACUUCAGUCUAUCACGCUUUGUGGAUUUCCUUAAUGUAUUAAAUUGGAUUACCCCUUAAAUUCAAUCAGAGUCUGUAAGUCAAGGAUCUGACCAUGCAAACAGCAUUUUAUAGCCAUCAUGUAUUCUGCUUCUCUUACAGAAACUUAAGUACAAAUGCAAAGAGUAGUUUGGUGAAGAUUCGUGCACCAUAUAUCUCUCAAUUCGAUUCAAAAUGCGAAUUCAAUAGGAGGCCUUGUAUUUAUAACUCGCCCGUCACCAUUAAUCAAAAGCGAUUGUUUGUACUUCCUAACACAAAUGAUGGCCACCCAACUGCUUCUACAAUGGAUGAUGAAAUGAACACAAACCAUGUUCCUAAUGUUAUAUCACCAAUGUUUCUCAGCAAUUGGUCACCACCAAGGUACCUAUGGAGGGGAUUAUCAGUUUUAAUCCUAGCAGGGCAGGUGAUUAUGAAGAUUUUAAAGGGAAAGGUUCAUUGGAGGAAUACUCUUCAACAACUAGAGAGAGUUGGUCCAAAGUCGGUCGGAGUAUGUCUUUUAACCUCAGCCUUUGUUGGCAUGGCAUUCACAAUACAAUUUGUGAGAGAGUUCACUAGGUUAGGGUUGAAUAGAUCAGUAGGUGGUGUUUUAGCUUUAGCAUUCUCUAGGGAGCUAAGUCCUGUGGUUACAGCGAUAGUCGUCGCAGGACGCAUUGGAAGUGCUUUUGCAGCAGAAUUAGGAACUAUGCAGGUUUCUGAACAAAUCGACACAUUGCGAGUUCUUGGAUCAGACCCUGUUGAUUAUCUAGUGACACCGAGAGUGAUUGCUUCUUGUAUUGCUUUACCUCUUUUGACCUUGUUAUGUUUUACAUUAGGGCUGGCGUCUAGCGCCCUACUCGCUGAUGGUGUUUAUGGAAUUAGCAUUAACAUUAUUUUGGAUUCGGCUCAGCGAUCGCUCAGAGCAUGGGAUAUUAUUAGUGCAAUGAUCAAGUCAGGAGUUUUUGGUGGUAUUAUAUCUAUUGUGAGCUGUGCUUGGGGAGUUACAACUAUGGGAGGUGCUAAAGGUGUUGGAGAAUCAACAACUUCAGCUGUUGUUAUUUCUCUUGUUGGUAUCUUCAUUGCUGAUUUUGCGCUUUCUUGUUGUUUCUUCCAAGGAGCUGGAGAUCAGCUAAAGAAUUGCAUUUAAGCAACUGAUUAUGUGUAUGUAGUUUUUGCGCAUAUGUACAAAAUGAAUUUGGUAUGA